CUACGUGUCUUUGGUCGGUAUAUCAGAGUCCCAUCUUGCCGUCAAUUACAAGACGAGAAGUUCUUAACCUCAACAAAAUUUCUAAAAAUUAAUUCCAACAAUUUCCCCCAAUUUAAUGUAGAAAUCGGCGCCUGCCUUUGCCUUGAAUUUCUCUUUAUUUUUGCAGCGUUCCGUUGAAAACCUGCUUUUCGUAUUUCCUUGCCUUUUUUGCUCCCUAUUUUGCAACACGUCGCCUAUAACCAUUUUCACUCCAUUCCUUUUCCAAAAUGGAAAAUUCAAAUCUACGCAAAAAGACUCUAAUCUUCAACGUCCUGGACUUCUUAUCAGGUGAGGUCGGCGCUUCCGACCUCUCCGAGGAACGAAAGGAAUCAAUUGAGGUGGCAAUUCAGUGUCUAGAAACCGCUUACGAAAUUUCAAGCGACGAUCGCCAAAAUUUAAAAAAAGUUGAUCUCCUCGCUCAAAUCCGACUGAACGAUGCGGGGGUCCAACAAGAGCAGGCCCUCGAGGCGGAGCGCCAGAAAAAUUUGGGCAACACAGCGAUGAAAAACGGCGAAUAUGAGGAGGCUGUGCGUUACUACUCAAUGGCUAUCGAGGCAAACCCCACCAACCCGGUGUACUUUUGCAACAGGGCCGCGGCCUACAGCCGCUUAGAGAACAAUGAAGAGGCUAUCAAAGACUGCAAACAGGCCCUGGUUCUCGACCCGACUUACGGCAAAGCCUACGGUAGACUGGGCAUUGCCUAUUCGAACUUAAACCAAUGGGCCGAUGCUGUGCGUGCUUACGAGUCCUCCCUCAAAUAUGACCCCCACAACGCCAGUUACCAAACCAACCUUACUCUAGCCCGCGAACGCCUGUUCGAGUCGAUGGUUCCAGAAAAUGCAGCACCUCCACAACACCGCCCACUUGACAUCACGCAGUUCAUUAACAACGAGCAAUUUUUGACCAUGGCGCGGGAAAUGAUGGCCAAUCCCGACUUCCAAAAUAUAAUGUCUGGCAUUAUGGCAAUGAGCCAAUCGGGGGAUACCAACUUUGAGGCUCUUUUUCAAGCGGGGCAGAACUUGGCCAGCAGGAUGCAAGACCAGGAUCCCCGGUUUGUUGAAAAUUUGCGGAGGCACUUCGACCCUAACAACGCCCCCGCCCCUGGACCAGACCCCCCGAAGCGCAACGAUGAGGGGUCAAGUAGAGACGGGCAAUAGUGUAUAGGGCAAUUAAUUCAAAUUACUUGAUUUUUCCUUCCACAAUCACAAUGUGUCUCGAAAUCGUGUAAUUUUUAUCAAUCUUUAUUUGACUAGGUCUGUGGUAAGGGAUAAUGGACAGUCAUUCAGUUGUGUUUCGAUAUUGUUGUCAAUCUCAUAAAAAUAAUAAGAGUGUAACUGAGUAGGGGAUAUUGUUGGGUGAAACAAAGACUGUCACCUUUGUUUUAUGGCAUAAUUUUUUUUAUUUAAAUUGUUGACAAUGUUUGUGAAUUUUAUUUCGCUGAAAAAAGUUUUUUCUUCUUAGUGUGCUGAUUUAAAUAUUUUUAUUGGUUUUGAGGGUAGAAAUGUUCGUAAACGUAUAAUUUGUUCUUAUGUUGUUUAUUGUAAAGUUCACAUUAAAUUUUUUUUGUUAAUACCAGUUAUUUAAUAGACCAAUUUAAACGAA